AUGCAAACCGAUGGCUUCGGAGGCGGCGGAGGAGGUGUUAACCAGUUCAAGAAGGUCGCCGUCGUGGAGAACUUCUUCGACAUCAUCUACAGCGUACAUGUGGAGAUGGAAGGUCGCGCUGGAAAGCAUGCUGGCCAGAAGCGCACCUACCGCACGAUCACGGAGACGUACGCGUUCCUGCCGCGCGAGGCGGUGACGCGCUUCCUGCUGGGCUGCACCGACUGCCAGCGGCGGCCGCGCUCGCGCUCCGCCUCGCCCUCGCCCUGCACGUCGCCCGCGCCGCGCCCGCCCCGCGCCCAGCAGCCGCCGCCGCCCGCGCCGGCGCCCGCGCCCGCGCCCUCGCCUCCGCACAACUCGCCGCCACCCACCGGUCGCCCUGCACCCGGCGCACACCGCCAGCAGCGCCGCCCCCCCCCCGCACCAGUCGGCCGCCUCACCCAGCCGCAGCUGGCGUCGCCCCCACGCGCCGCCGCAAACCCCGCUGCACAGCCCGCACUUGCUGCACUCCGCUCAGCCAGCUCCACCUGCAAAGCAGGUUCAGCACCCGCACCGCUCGCAGCUGCACCGCCGCUUGCCGCCGCUCCCGCUGGACCUCCCGUUCCGCCCAGCCCCGCACACGCCGCCCCGCCCCGUCCAGGCCCUCCCGACACGGCCCUCCCCGCCAGGCCACCCACCGCGUCCCAUCCCCUCUCCUCCCGCGCCCCACGCCUCCCCCGCUCGCCACCUCCCCGGAGCCCAGGCGGAGAUCGUGCUCGCCCGCCCCGCCUCGCCUCCCCCGCCACCCGCCCCCACCCGCCCCCGCCGCCGCCCGCGCAGCUCCAGCAGGCGCGCCCUCUGACGACGUCGCCCCCGCCGCCCCCCGCGCCCCGCCGGCCGCCCCUCGGCGCCCGCCGACAGCGACGGCGAGAGCGAGGCGCGGCGCUCGCCGCCGCCCGCUCAGCCCGCCCCGCGUCGCCCGCGUCGCCCCGCGCCCCCGCGCGGACGCCCCCGCCGCCUCUCGCCCAGCCCGCCCCGCGUCGGCGAGCCACGCCGCACGCGUCGCCCCGCCGCCGCCCGCCGCCCGCCCACCCUGCGCCUCUUCAGCAGCUACGCGCCGCCGCACGUCCUGGAGCCCAUCGACAUCGACUUCUCGCUGCCCAUCACCACCACGUACCUGAAGCACAUGCGCUCGCUCGGCUACACGGACGAGGACGCCCUGCGCAUGGACACCGACGUGAGUAG